UCACAUUUUACAGAUAACACAUUAAAAUAUCAAUGUUUCCAUUCCACUUUUGUUUUCUCCAUUUUUUUAUUCGCAUAUCGUAAAGGUCAAUCCAAAUGGAUUUGCAUAGCCGUACAAAACGCGGAAGAAAUCAAACCGAAUAGCGAUAGUGAAUCUUAUUGAACGUUUAGUAUAUUAUGAAUAAGUUGAGCACCUCUAUUUUAGAAGAAAAGAACAGCAUAAGUCAAAGAUAGCUUUUUGUCGCACAGGUUUUCUGUUAAUUGUCAAUUCCAUGCUACAAAAUGAAAUACUCGAUUUAAUUAUUUAUGUAACGUGAUGUAACGUUACUUUUGUAAAUUCGAGUCAACUUAGAAAAUUUUGGAACUAAGAUUUUAUCAAAAAAAGGAUAAGAAAAUGAGCACACUCGAUGUGAUGUUCGAGUAUGUAUGCAAGCAUAAACAGAAGUUAGUAAUUGGCUGCACAUACAUUGCUUGUUAAGUACAUGUGCGAGACAGUGUGGCGUGUUUUGACAGAACAUCGAUAAUAGCCGAUGUUCUGAUAUGGAAAUUAAAACGACCACCGAUGAGCUAAACAAGUCGAUGAAAAAUGCGACUGCAGAUCUCGCAGGGUGUCCUACCGGACACGGUUGACAGAAUCAGCUCGUCCUGGUCUAGAAAAGAGAGACGAAAAUGGUUCCUAUCAUUGUUAUGUGGUACCUGUCUGAUAUAUGCCACACGGACAUCUCUUCCUUUACUCAUGCCUAUUGUUAGCAAGGAAAGACACUGGUCAAAGCCUGACUCUGGUAUAAUACUGUCAAGUUUUUUCUGGGGAUACACAUUGACGCAAGUGGCCAGCGGCUAUAUUAGUGAUAGAAUUGGUGGACACAAAGUAUUAUGGAUAUCUGCUCUGGGUUGGUCAACGACAACUUUCUUUAUGCCAGAGAUCAUAGAAUUUUUUUCAAGUGAUGAUUCUUCUAUUUUCCUUAUUGUAAUGUUGAGAAUAGUGAAUGGAGCAUUUCAAGGAAUGCAUUUUCCUAGCAUGAUUAGUUUGAUCAGCCAACGUAUGCACGAAGUGGAACGUGCCUCCUUUUUUAGCUUAUUAACAUCAGGAUCUGCUCUAGGCACGUUACUCACUGGGUCCUUAGGAUCAUAUCUUUUGGAGAAUUAUAACUGGAUGACUGUAUUUCGAAUAUUAGGGGGCAUGAGUUUGGCAUGGACAGCCUUAUUAAGCUACCAUAUCCUGCCAUUCAAGGAAAGAGCAGCUUCUACUAAGUCGACCACUAACUAUACUUUGCCUUGGUUCAAGCUUCUGUCAAAACCUCCAUUCUGGUCUUGUGUUAUUGGACAUGCUUGCCAAAAUAACUGUUUCUUUGUGUUACUUUCAUGGAUGCCUACAUAUUUUCAUGACAAUUUUCCUGAUGUCAAGGUUUGGAUUGUAAAUAUGGUACCAUGGUUAUCGAUGCUACCUUGUACAUUCUUGGGAAAAGCUCUGUCAGAAAAAAUAAUUAAAGCUGGUUAUUCUGUGACUGUGACACGCAAAACAAUUCAAACAAUCUGUUUUAUCACUGAAAUUGGGAGUCUUUUGCUGUUGACAAAAGUGGAAAGUUUUCAAAGCGCAAUAUUGUGUCUUGCAUUUAUUAUUGGUGGUUCAGGCUUUCACAAUAAUGCAAUCGCUGUGAAUCCAUCGGAUCUUGCACCAAAACAUUCUGGCAGUGUAUUUGGUCUGAUGAAUACUGUUGGUGCAAUACCUGGUUUCCUCGGCGUAUAUUUUUGUGGAUACAUCUUACAUGUGACACACAGCUGGCCAGUUGUAUUCUUAUUUAUUGCUAUUAUUGAUGCAAUAGGAUGCAUAAUAUAUUUAUUAUUUGGCUCAGGUCAAGCAAUUAUAUGAAUUAUAUUCUAUAUGGACUCGUGGCCAAAUGUACAUUAAACAAAUUUAUCUUUACUUUUGAGAAAAAUUGCUCUAUAGAACACUAUAAAUGGUGCUGCUCAAUUAUUACAAACAUAAUGUGAUUCAGCAUUUCGGGCUUAAAAUAAAAAAAUGUGAAUUCGUA